UAAGCAGCAGUAAACAAACCCCGACCCAGCGUCACACGUUCUCCAGGUCCGAAGGGAUCCAGUGCCCAACUACCGACUCCUCCCGGAAUUGCGUUAUCGGAGCCGAGCCAGGAAUGGCCGUUAGUGGACACCCACCACUUUAAACACUCCCUAAAUCACUGCUGUAUUCCAUUGUCUGCCAGAUUUCUUACUUCACUUUUUCCUGUUUUUCGUAGUUCUGCGCACCAUCUUCUUCGGCAUUUUGAAUAUCCGGUUCAUAUUUGUAGUUGUUAUUUUUUGCUUCUGAAUGCAUUCACCUCUCGUUCAUCCAUUCACAUCUGUUCAGGUGCGAUCUUGAAUUAUCAAGGCAUGGAGAAAGCCGAAACAAAUAAUGUAAACAACAACGGUGAAGAAGUGGCUGAAAGCACUACAGCAGCCGACCACAGUGAAAGACCCAAUAAUACGACAUGUAAUAACAACAGUGUUAUGCCUGCGCCAGUGUUGGAUGAGAACGGCAGGGGAGAAUUUGGUACUGAUGUAAAUCAAGGCGGCCAAGGACCGCCACAGCCUUCUUGGAGAACUCCGUUCACCGACCUCUCCCAAAUAGAUGCCGAUCUCGCCCUUGCCCGUACCUUACAGGAGCAGGAAAGAGCAUAUAUGAUUCUUACAAUGCAUGGUAACGGGAGUGAUUAUGUCAGUGAAGAAGAAUACGUACAUGACUACCGCCACGAUAGCUCUGGUGAUCCCAGUGAAGUAGAUGAUAGCCAUGUAGAUCUAGAUGAUGAAGAUGCUUUUGAUUUUCAUGCUCGUGAUGAAGCAAGUGAUGAUGAGAACCAAGGUAUUGAGUUGGACCCAGCUGCUUUUCCAAGUGAUGAGGCCUAUGCUAGAGCACUACAAGAAGUUGAAGAGAGGGAAAUGACAGCUAGAUUGCUGGCCCUUGCUGGACUAAAUGAAGGGAGAGCUCUAAGUGAAGAGGAUCAUGGUCAAAACUCUCAGGAUGCAUGGGAGGAAGUUGAUCCCGAUGAACUCUCCUAUGAGGAAUUGAUUGCAUUGGGUGAAGUAGUUGGAACAGAGACCAGGGGACUUUCUCCACAUACAAUUGCCUCUUUGCCAUCAAUGAAUUACAAAGCAGAAAUUACCAAGGACGGGUUUAAUGAUACAUGUGUCAUAUGUCGAUUGGACUAUGAAAAUGAUGAGACCUUGACGGUGCUUUCCUGCAAACAUUCAUAUCAUCCUGAGUGUAUAAAAAAUUGGCUAAGAAUAAACAAGGUGUGUCCUGUCUGUAGUGCUGAAGUCCCCUCUUCUGGAAACAGUUAGCGGAAAUAUUCGCAUCUGCCACUGUUCACUGUUGCUGGAUUUCUGAUGAGACAAGGUUGAGGCUUCUAUGACCUGGGCUCAAGAUCUAUAUCAAUUGUUUUUGUAAUUCUCGUUCCUUAGCAAAUACAGUGUUACUAACAUUGUGACUGUUUUAUUGCCUGCUAUAUUUUUAUAUCAUUGAGUGUAUAUUUUAAACAUGAAUGCAUCAGAUUUAUUGUUUCUCAUUGGUCAGUGUACCACUGACAAGUCCGU